GAGAGAGAGAGAGGGAGGGAGGGAGCACAUGAGCAGAUCCUUUUAGGAGCUGUCAACAUGCUCUGAAACGGCUUUGCCUCAAAGCGUCUGCUCUGCGGAGAGGACUGCACCGCUAGCUAGCGCUCAGCCUGGAAGACUUGGAGCAGUAAGGGAGGAGAAGAGCAGGAGAGUGCCGUCCUGCCCGUGGACUCAGGCGGGCAGCUGUGCCUUUGCCGUUCGCCUUGGAUGGCAUAGCGUCUGGCCUCAGAGGGGUACCAAACGCCACACCCCCACCCCUCCCCCCCUCCCCGCCAACAUGUCUGGACGGGAGACCGCCUCUAACGAACUGACCGCCCCGGAGCCGGACCCCUGCAUCCGGACCUUUAAGGAGCACAUGCACCUGGAGCUGGAGCCGCCGAAGCUGUCGGGGAAGCGGUCCACCUCCCCGAAACUGUCGCCCCGCAGCUCCCCGCGCCUCUUCAGGAAGCUGAUGGUGAAUAAGGGCAUGCGCCAGCGGCGGCGCUUCACCGUGGCUCACACCUGCUUUGAUGUGGAGAAUGGCCCGUCCACCAGCUGCAGUCCACUGGACCCCCAGGCCUCUCCGGGUUCGGGCCUGGUCCUGCACACCAACUUCCCCGGACACAACCAGCGGCGAGAGUCCUUUCUGUACCGCUCUGACAGCGACUAUGACCUCUCCCCCAAGUCCAUGUCCCGCAACUCCUCAGUCGCCUCCGAGCUACAUGGAGAUGACCUGAUUGUGACACCUUUUGCUCAGGUACUUGCAAGUCUUCGUAGUGUGAGAAACAACUUCACCGUGCUGACCAACGUACAAUGUUUAGAAGAGUCCCAACAAGGAACACUCGGGCGCCCCGGAGACCGUCUGCACAGCGGCAUGGAGCAGCUGGACCCUGAAUACAUGUCCAUGUGUCUGUUUGCAGAGGACUCCUACCAGAAACUGGCAAUGGAGACCAUGGAGGAGCUAGACUGGUGCUUAGACCAGCUGGAAACCAUACAGACCUACCGAUCCGUUAGCGACAUGGCCUCCAACAAGUUCAAGAGAAUGUUGAACCGGGAGCUGACGCACCUGUCGGAGAUGAGCCGCUCUGGCAACCAGGUGUCCGAGUUCAUCUCCAACACCUUCCUGGACAAGCAGAACGAUGUGGAGAUCCCGUCGCCUACGCCCAAGGCACGUGAGAAGAAGAAGAAGCAGCAGCUGAUGACUCAGAUCAGCGGGGUCAAGAAGGUGACGCACGGUCCAAGUCUGUCCAACUGCAGCAUCUCCCGCUUUGGUGUCAAGACCGACAAGGAGGACCUCCUCUCCAAGGAGCUGGAAGACCUCAACAAGUGGGGCCUCAACAUUUUCACAGUGUCUGAGUACUCCCAGCACAGGCCGCUCACGUGCAUUAUGUACGCCAUCUUCCAGGAGAGAGACUUGAUGAAAACGUUCAAGAUCCCUGCCGACGCCUUCGUGACCUAUAUGAUGACCUUGGAAGACCAUUACCACUCAGACGUAGCCUACCACAACAGCCUGCACGCUGCGGAUGUGGCCCAGUCUACUCACAUCCUCCUGUCCACGCCUGCACUGGAUGCCGUCUUCACCGACCUGGAGAUCCUUGCUGCCAUCUUUGCAGCUGCCAUCCAUGACGUGGACCACCCUGGUGUCUCCAACCAGUUCCUAAUCAACACUAACUCUGAGCUGGCCCUCAUGUACAAUGACGAAUCGGUGCUGGAGAAUCACCACCUCGCCGUGGGCUUCAAGCUGCUGCAGGAGGAGAACUGCGACAUCUUCCAGAACCUCAACAAGAAGCAGCGCCAGUCCCUCCGCAAGAUGGUCAUUGACAUGGUACUGGCGACUGACAUGUCCAAACAUAUGAGCUUACUAGCCGACCUGAAGACCAUGGUGGAGACCAAGAAGGUGACAAGCUCUGGAGUGCUGCUGCUAGACAACUACACAGACAGGAUACAGGUUCUCCGCAAUAUGGUGCACUGUGCCGACCUCAGUAACCCCACCAAGUCCCUGGAGCUUUACCGCCAGUGGACCGACCGCAUCAUGGAUGAGUUUUUCCACCAAGGGGACAGGGAGAGGGAGCGGGGCAUGGAGAUCAGUCCCAUGUGCGACAAGCACACGGCCUCUGUGGAGAAAUCACAGGUGGGCUUCAUCGACUACAUUGUACACCCUCUGUGGGAGACAUGGGCAGACCUGGUGCACCCCGACGCCCAGGACAUUCUGGACACACUGGAGGACAACAGGAACUGGUACCAGAGCAUGAUCCCCCAGAGUCCAUCCCCGCCCUUCUAUGACCAGGACAAGGACAACCAGGGGGGCGGGGACAAGUUUCAGUUUGAACUGACCCUGGAGGAGGAGGACGACUCUGAGGGCACAGAGAAAGAGGAGCACAGUCAGGGGGAGGACAGCAUGGGGGAGAUGCGCUCCUCGCUGGACUACUCGGGCAGCCAGGACAUCGAGGAGCCCAUGGAACCCACGCACAUUCAGAUCGUCACACAAGACGCCUCACCCGUGGACACAUAGGCUCUCCUGCCACGGCGGUGGCGUGUCUUGGUGUUGGCAGAUUGCUUUUGGAGGAGAAAUCCUGCAGUCCUGCUUUUGAGAGGCCUGGGGGCUGACUUGGGGUUACGAGAGGUGCAUGUGCCCCCGCUGCACUUGAUUUUGGAGCCGGAUGUGGACAGUUUCAGCAGAGCACUGAAGGAGCUCUCGGGUAAAUGCUGCAGACACAUGGACCUGAUUGACAGGCCACACAGAGAAAUGAAGGAAUGGGCCAGCCAGGAAUAUUUCCUGAACGAGCAUGGAGGCACUGACACUACUGAGAGAUUUUUGUACCAAGUGAUUUUUUUUUAAACGGGAUGAGGUAGAAUAUGAACUACUGAUAAACAGGUAUUUAUAAAGAAAAUCUGUUUACUUUUUCUGUAACAUUUGUCUAAAGACUUUGUGUGCCUUUUUUACAAUUGUCUUUUUAAAGUUUUUUUUAUUUAUUGAACACACUUUAGUAUGUGUCAGAUGUUUUUUUUCUUCUUAAAAAAUGGAAAGCUCAAGAGCAAAGUUAUUUUGUAUCUCAAAUGAGGUGAGAAUGCAAGAGUCUUCCUUAUAAAUAAUUUUGGCAAUAGCAGAGCUGGUAGAAACACUGGCCUCACAGAUAAACCUCCCAUGAAGAAGAAACUUCCCAUUAAAGAGGUGUGACACCUCAACUUGUAUCACUCAUUUCACAUUAAGUUUCAACCAAACAUCUAUGCUUGUGUUUGACUCGCUUUACGUAUAGAAACACAGAUGCACACAUGGACACACACUUUGUCAGACCAUUGAAAAUGAGUAAUGAGGAUAUUUAUAUCCUACUGAACAGGAGAGAUGUGCUCUGUCUUCAUCUUGGAAAUAUUUCAAUGACUAAAAUAAUGUUCUCUCCCCAUUGUCAUUUGGUAUUCUCCUUGUAAAGCUGACUCAAAUCCUGAUAGUGUAGACACCACUGAUAAAGUAUGGAAGUACAGACAAUAACAGCAUUUUAGCAGUGUAAAAACUGUGCCGGCAAAAGAGGACUUGCAAUAUCUGUUUAUGUUUGAAUGAAAUAAACAUUAAGUUUAUUUACAGUUUUCAGUUCAAAUACAUGCUGCUUUGCAUUAAAGUUGGUAACUGAAAUUAGCCUUCGUAUCUGACAGGAUGAUAUAAGUGCAGCCACUGUCAAAAAGAGAAUAAUAUUCAUUUUUUCAGCCCUAUCAAUGUAAAACAUUUAUAUAUUGUUAACACAUAUUUUUAAAUGAAUGGUAAUCAGCCAUCUACUACUCAAUUCUGCAAACUGGGAUCCUCAACUGAGGGAUACUGUAAACCUUAGAAAUCGAAAGAUUGGUACAGGCUGUACUUUCUAAAAUUGAUGUCACCCAAUCUGUAGCUGAAUAUUUCGGCACCACUCUUGGUGUUACACUAUCAGGAUUUGAGUCUGGGAAAAAAAAGUUAUUUAUAUUUCUAAAGAUCUGUUCUGUUACAAAAGCAAACCCAGCAGGAAACACUUUACCAUCAGAAAACAAACCAUAACAUAAACAGUUCAUAUAUGGGAUCAGCUGUUUUUCAUUUCAUUUCCUUUGCCUCUCUUGACUGGCCUUCAAGGAAUUAUUUUACCAAUAUAUAUAUUUUUUGUAUCGUCAUAUUCAGAGGUACUUAAAAUACAGUAUCGUCCACCCUCAAACCAGUGUACAUUGAGACCUGUGACUACACAAUAGAUGGCAACACCACAAAUGCAUGGCCCUAUAGCCAUUGUAUGUGUGUGUGUGUGUGUGUGUGUGUGCUUGUGUGUGUAGUCUGGUCCCAUGUCUGGAGAAGAGAAUUCUCUAUCCCACAGUCCCUUGUUCCACCUUGCAUCUGAGCUCAAGUUUGUCCUUUGCUGUUUAUAACAGUGUAUUUAUUACUUUGACCUGUAAAUGCGCAUUGUAAAUUUGUUUUAAUUUAUAUGCACUUGCAUUACCUGAAUGGGGUGGUGUUAAUGUGUAGACGACUCUGGAUUGAGUCUUUCUAUUCAGUAAUAUAUUCUUUUUUAAAUCUAUAUAUAUAUAUAUACAUACAUAUAUAUCUAUAUAUGUAUGAAUAUUGCACACCAUUUGAGUGCCCUGAACAGUAGCUGUAAGAGACAUACUCAACCCAUGGGUGACAGGAGAAACUGGCAAAUCUGCAGUGAAAAAGGUCAGCAGUGGCGGUUUGAAAACUGAAUAAAAAAGAACUACAGAAUGUGUGUAGUGCCUAAAGUGUAUCUAUACAGCAUUUUGAAUGCAGAUUGCUGAUAAUGUUUCAGAUUAACUGGUUCCAGCAAAGCAGAAUUAAUGGAAAUCAUCAGACACCUGACUCCAUGAAAAAACCCUCUGUGUUAAUUAGAUAAAGGGAGAUAUUGGUGGUAUGUUACAAUUUAUCUAAACACCAACAUGAAUCCGUAUGAAUUACAAAAUGUGAUCUUAUGUAAUUAUUGUGCUAAUGUGAACUAUUUUCUGAUCAGACUUGUUAGCAGUUUUGAAAUUCAAAUUGUCAGUAUAACAUUGUUAUCUAUGUUAAAGCUUUGGUCCACAUUGUGUCCAAAUGGUUAGCCAGAAUUAGCACUAUCUGCAUGACCAAUGGGUUUGUAUGUCUGUUCAAUACUGCAUUGUUCCAGGUGGUUAUUCGUUUCACACAAUGUAUGGUAUAGUAUUGUAUAUUGUGUUCAAUAAAAAUCUAAAUACUUUUUUAUGAAGUGAUUAAAAACAAAGGCAUGAAUAUA